AUGGCGGCGAACACGAACGAUGUUUUCGGCGACUUGGCCAUACCGAACUACGUGUUCCUCCUCGCAGAAAAGCUGCAUGAUCAGCGUGGAGUCUUGAGCAUCUUUGGGGUUCCAUCGGCCUACGCCGCGCCUCAGACACCUCAAUGGAUGUUGAACACCAUCACAACAGACCCUGGCGGUCCGAAGGGUCACAUAGUCAUCUCCCCGGACGCCGAGUGGGACCUCUUGAUCGAACUCGAGGGCGCUCGCAGCUGCUAUAAUCUGUACAAGUGGUGCCGUGCAGUCCACGAUGACAAAGGCGUGGUGCCGAGACACGUUGACACCCAUAGUAGAAGCCAUUAUGAUUAG